AUGGAAUCAUCAGCGGACAAUCAAUUCAUGAUCACUUCAACAACGACUGCAAAUCAAGGCUUGCAAGACUUGUUGAAUUUAUCUUCCUCCUACGAGGCUUCAUCAUCAUGGCCCUCGCCAUCAGCUGAUGCCUCCUCUUCCUUUCUAACUCCUAACGAAACAAAACACGCCAUCUUUUACCACAUCAUUGAUCAUGUCUUUGGGAUUCAAGGCUCUAACAACAAUCAUAGCUACUCGUAUUCUCGUUGGAAUCAAAAUAUCACUCGCGGACCUCCACACAGUUUUCCCUUAAUUUUGGGCAGUGAAGAGGCAACUCCUCUCUCAUGGAGAAGAAUUGGAUGGACGCUUGAAGACUCGUGCAUUGUUCUGUUUGCAGCUCUCGUUUUAUUUUUGUUAAGGUUUGCACUCAACAAGAGUAGCCUGAAGAACUUUUUGUGCCAAUAUUUGAGUGCUAGCUCUCUGGCUCGCUUGAAAACCUCUGCAAAUCCUGAAACAUUUAUGAAAAAGUUACAACAACGUGUGAUGGAAAAUGUUUGGUUUUCAUUGUACUAUAGUGCUUCUGCCAUCUUUGGAAUUAUCAUUCUGUAUGAUGCUCCUUGGUUUUGGGAUUUGUCACAUCUUGUGAUGGGCUACCCAGAAGAGCAAACAGGUUAUGAAAUUUCCAGCUUUGCAAGACUGUACUUGUUAUUGGGAGCCGCUUUCUAUUUUCAAGCUCUCUUUUCUUUACUUUUCAUUGAUGAGAGAAUGAAAGAUUUUGUGGAAAUGCUGAUUCACCAUAUUGUCACCAUUGUAUUGAUUGUUUGGUGCGUCAUUUCAUAUUAUCAUCGAAUUGGAACUCUUGUCUUGCUGUUGCAUGACGUUGUGGAUGUAUUUUUAUAUAUUGCCAAAACUUUGAACCAUCUCAAAUUUGAGAGAACUUGUGAAACAGUGUUCGUGGGUUUUGUAUUGAGCUUUUUUGUACUCAGAUUGAUCUAUCUGCCCUAUCUCAUCAUUCAUUCCUUGUUUUACACUUUCAAUAGUUGGGACUAUCCUCAAAGAUACUAUGUGUUCCGAUAUGUCACUAAUGUGCAUGAUUAUUUUGAAAUUUCUAGUUACGGAGCUUGUUGUCUCAAAUAUUGUGUGAGCAGUUUUUGGUCCUUAAUUGCACUGUUGGUAGUACUCGUGUUGCUUCACAUCUUUUGGUUCUCCCUUGUGACCAAGAUGAUUGUGAAUAUUGUAAGUGGAAAAGGAAAGCAAGACAUUAGAGAAAAUGAUGAUUAA